AAACAUUGCAACAUGGAUAUAACAAAAUAUUAAAUAUUAAAUAAAGUAUACAGAAUUGUAUAUUCUUAGUGAGUGAAAUCAAUAGUGAGCAUAAUUAUUAUCUAGGAACAGUCAAAAUAACAUUGAAUUAGACUCUUAAAAUGUCGAAAAAACAUAAAAAUGAAAAUGUCUUUAAAUUCAAGAAAUUCAGCGAGCGUAUUGCAGAAGUUGAUUUGAGAUCGUCUGCACUUUAUCGCAUUGAGCAUGUCAAUGAAAUUCCAGCUGAAAAUCGUUCCUACUUUUAUCAGACAUUUGACAAAUGGAGCACUUUAAAUUUGACUGGAGAGUAUGUUGAUUUUGCGAAGGAAGUACGAAAAGUGCCAACAGCGACACUUCUGCUUGUUUUGCAUCACAAAGAUAAAUUAAUUGAAAUUUUGCUGAAUAAACUUGAAAGUGCCACGAAUUUGUCAGUUCAACCGCUUCUAGAAUUGACAGUUUCACUAGCCAGAGAUCUUCGAGAAGAGUUUUAUGCUCAUUUCCACAAAUUCUUUGAAGUUCUCAUCAAGCUCCUUAAUACACAAGAUGCAGACCAAACAGAAUGGACUCUUAUCUGUUUAGCAUAUUUAUUCAAGAUCCUCAAGCCAUUCCUGUGCAAGGAAAUAACAAUUGUCAUCUCAAAAGUGAUCCCAUUAAUGAGUGAAAAGGACCAGCCUGCACACAUAAUCAAUUUUGCUGUUGAAUGCUUUGCAUUUUUGGUCAGAAACUUGAAAGAUAAGAAUUUAUUCUUAUUGGCUGUAUUACGGAUUGUCAAGCAGGAUGAGACAUGUAUUACUGGCUGUGGAAAGUUGUUCUUUGAAAUGGUCCGAGGACUUAAUGGACAAUUUCAUAGUAAAGGAGAUGAAUUUUUGGAGAUUCUGUUCGAUGCAUUCAGGAAGAGUGAAUUUAAGAAGUAUUGGGAUAUUUUGAAGGAGAUCUUGGUUCAAACAGUCGGCGACACUUUAUGCUAUAUUGAUGUCAAAUACAUCCCAACUUAUUGGAACGUUAUCUAUAAAACGUUUGAAAACAUAAUAAAAGAUGAGAAUCUUUCAACAGAUGAAAAGUCAAUAGCCGUACACUAUGUGUUAUUUUUCCUUGGUCAAUCAAUCGAAUAUUAUGGUGGAAAGAAGUUGACUGACGUCCAAAAGACCAUCAAUCUUGUAAUUCAGAUAAUUGACCAAGAUUAUUCGUUGGAUGUGAUGAUGACUUUAUCACAAAUAAGUGCUCUUUUAUUGCUUUCAAAGAACUUUAUGAUUGGUCAAUUGGAAGCAAGUCGUCUGGCAAAAAAGGUCUUGAGUACGGAGCAUGCUGAAGUGUUUGAGUCAUUUGUUAUUAAUUCAAUAAGUUGUGCUCAAUUUGAUAUCUUAAUUAUGCCCGAUUUUAUAAGGUAUUUCGAAAAGAAUUUCUCUAAAGCCACGAUGGAAAUUAUGGUAAAAAUUAUUGAAGCUAGAAAGCAAAACAAUUUAUUGGAAAAUUCUGAAUUCGAUGGAUACAAUCUUUAUUUUAAAAAUCAAAAAACUGUCGACAGACUUAGUAAAUUUAUAUUGAAUUAUUCAGCUGACAAUGAAGACAUCGAAGAAUUCUUAAUGGCUAUAAAAAUAAUCCCACAUUCAGUUACUUUUGAUAAGGACAAGAUUGCAAAGCAUUUAAAGAAAAUCUGCAAGGAAAUCAUUAAAAAUUUAAGAACUAAAAAUGAUGCAAAGCAAGUCUUUAUAUUUGCUGUCUGUGUCACAACAAUCCAGCACAUUGAGCAUGAAUUUGAAGCCAAAGAAAUAAUGGAAAUCAUCAAUGUCAUGCUUACUCUCAACAAGUCAUAUCCAGUCAUCAAAAUUAUCAAUUAUUUCGUCCAAAAGUUAAAGCUUCAUAAUGAAAAGUCCUUAAACUUGGAAGUAUUCAACAAAUUGAGAAUAUCAUUAAUUGACAACAUCCAGUCACAGUAUCAAGAUGUCAGAUUUCUUACAGCUCAAAUUCUCUCAUCUUUUGAUCAUUUAAAAGCUACAAAGGAAUCAAUUUACACAAUUUUCAAGCAAAUAGAAGAAAUUACCCCAUCAAUUCAGACAUAUCGCGAUCAGAUUCUUUUAUUACAAAAGUUAAACUUUGAUUCUGGCAUUUUUAACGACACUAAAGACACAGAAAAAGCUCAAGAUGCUCUAAAAUUCUGUCUAGGCUUCCUCCAUGUCAAUUUUCAGCCACUUUGGGAUCCAGUUCGAGAUGUUAUUGAGUCAUAUGCUGCUAACUUUGAUGUUAAUGUCUUUUGGGAGAUUUUUUAUGCGAAGCUGAAUAGUUUUAAGGCUAAAGAUGAAGAUCCAGUAGAUCAAGAAGCAAUUUCCGAAAAUGAAUUAAUAAACACAAAAUUCCUUGAAUUCGCAACAGUCACGGACCGCUAUGAUCCAAUUAGCUUUAGAGCAAAGCUAUGGCAAGUCUUAAGCGACACAAAAACAAACGUCCUGGAUAAAAAACAAAAAGACAUCGUUGAACUUUUCUUUGAAUUUCUCAAAAAUGAAUAUGAAAUUGACGAAGAAGACACCGAGGCACCGACAAAAGGACGUCAAAAGCUCCUAAUAAGUCACUUACAAGUCUUUGCAAAGUUCUCGAACCCAAAAUGUGUGACAAAAGCGACUGAAUUGAGACAAUUGUAUCGUGAACUUUUAUUACAUCGCAACUUUCAAGUACAAAAAUUGGCACUCGAUUGUCUCAUGCAGUACAAAGAUCCAGCAGUCAUAAGCUAUAAAGAAUUACUGUACAAUUGUGUCAACGAGAAAACUUUCCGUCAAGAGAUUUUGACAUUAAAUUUGGAUGAGAAAAUUCAAGCUGAAAAUCGUGAAAAUUUUGUUGAAAUUUUCCUUCCAAUUUUGUAUUCAAAAAUGUCGAUUAAGGCGAGCAAGAAGGAUCAGGAAGGUUUUAAGGCUAAAAAGGAAGUGAUUGUAAGAUUUAUGAAUCAUUUAAAAGAACCAGAAUUAAUGAAAUUAACAGACAUCGUGAUUGGUAAAAUAUCCGAUUCUAGUUCCAUCGAAAAAUGCUCAGACAUGAUGGAAAAUAUCAAAAAUUCAAGCACGACUUUUAAAAUCAAUGAACUUCAGUCCAAACUACAAUUUCUUGAUUUAAUCAAGAAAAAUGUUGCUGGUGCAUUUGGAGAUGCUUUUCAACGUAAAACUCUUCGGUCAAUUCUAUCAAUUGCAUGUCAUACACUCAACAUUGACAGUACAAUGUCCAAAAACCUUAAACAAGCAUGUCUGCAAAGCAUCGUUGAGUAUUUUGAACAAUAUGAAAGUUUCAAUUGGACAUCCGACGAAAUUGAAUUAGUUUUUGGACUUUUCAUAUCAAAACAUCUUGAAACAUUUCAUCGUGAUGCAUCGCAGAAUGUCACGGGAUUAAUGAAACUGUUUGUGGAAUGGUCAAAAAAUCCAAAAUAUUUUAAAUAUCUAGAAAAGUCAGAUGUGGACGGAAAUUAUCCAUUAAAAUCUAUGAUUGGAUUAUUUAAUAAUAAAUCAACGACAUCGACAGUCAUUGAAUGUGUUAUGGACUGUCUUGAACGUUUAUUGACACUUAUUGAUGUGGACGAGGAAGUAACAACAAUUAAUUAUGGAACUAAGCUUGUCGAGCCAUUCAUUCAGGACAUUUUGAUGAAAUUAAAGAAUUUUUUGAGUGUCAGAAAUGCAAAGACAAUAAAAUCUCGCAACUUGUUGAUUCUAUCGCGUGUCACUGAACUCGUUAAGGAUGUACAGUCAUCGAAAAUAUUACUUGACAUUCUCUUUCCAUUGACAUUGAGGAAAGUCGUUGAGGACCAGAAUGAUUCGGAAGGAAUAAUGAAACUAUUGAUGACAAUAUCAAAUUUAUUGAAGGCUGUGGACGAGCCAGGAAGUUAUUUGCGUGCUGUAUCGCCACUUUUUGAGGUAAUCCAUGAAGUUAAUCAGAGGAAGUUCUUAGUUAAAACAUUCAGUCUAAUUGCUGUUGACGAGGACAUGCUGGGAAUUGUUGCAGACUUGAAUGCUUAUGAUAAGAGAUGGAUUGAGCAGCCAGACUUUGAAAGGAAGAUAAGUGCCUUCCAUAGACUAGAGAAGCUGGAUGUAAUUCCUGUAGAUUUAGCUGUGCUUGUUAUUUAUCAUUGCUUUUACUUCCUUAAAACUGAAAAGGAUUUAGGAAUCCGCGAUAAUUCUUCACAUCACUUAAAGCUGACAUGCUCAAAAAUUAUUGAAAACUUCCAGCACGAUAAACCACAAAUUGACUACUUUAUGGAUAAAAUAAUCCUUAAUUUAUUACAAAAGAAGAUUUGUCAGAACAAUGAGAUCCGAACAGAAUCAAUUCUUUUAUUAGGAGAACUAGCACGCAAACAUCCAACAGCACAUUCAAUUCUAAAUGACCUUCAUUCAUUAACAGACUCGAAAAAUCGAGAACUCGACUUUUUCGACAAUAUUACGCACUUGCAGAAAUUCAGACACAUGAAGGCACUAAGAAGAUUUGUUGACAUAGCUAAAACAUACACUCGAGUGCCAAAUUUAAGAACAUUAAAUGACUUUCUGCUUCCAAUGUCGAGAAUCUUUCUAUGCACUGAUGAAUAUCAAAGAAAAUCAAAAGUUAUUGAGGCAGCAAUUGAGUAUGUCUCGUGUAUAUGUCGAUUUAUGCCUUGGAAUCAGUACGAGAUUGUGCUUAAACAUUACAUUAGAAAAAUGAUGAAUGACUCGAAAGCUUAUCAGAAGCAGCUUGUUAAAUUGAUUCCUGCUAUAUUAGAUGCUUAUCAUUUCGAGUUAAGUACUGUUGACGUUAGUUCCGGUGAAAAAGAUCCAGUAGAAGAUCCAGAAACAAGUAAAAUAGAUCCAGAAGCUGAUGAAACAAUCCAAGAUGACUUACUGGAUGAUAAUUCAGACGUUGAACUAGAAAGUGAAGAAAGUGAACACGAAGAUGAGACACAAAUUGAAGAAAACAGUCCAGCAAUAGAAAAAAUCACAACUUUAAAUCCAAACGUCUCGAUUCGAGUCAUCCGCAACCUAACACGUCAGCUAAUUCCAUCCUUAUUCAGAAUCUUAAAAGAAUUAUCAACCAAUAAUGCACACAAGCUGAACAAGGAAGAGAAACGGAUCAAAGAGAAAGCUGACAUGAUACGUAUUCCACUGGCACUGCCAAUGAUAAAGCUGUUGCAGAAGUUGCCGUCAAAGUUUCUGCAUCAAUAUAUGUCACAAGUUUUAUUGAAAGUAUCGACGUUCCUUAAAUCGAAUUUGAAGCAAGUCAGAGCAACAGCGAGACAUACAUUGAAGGAAAUUCUUAUUGUAUUGGGUGUUGAGCAUCUAGAAGUUGCUAUAGAGAAUUUAUCGUGUAUAUUAUGUAAAGGAUUUCAAGUUCAUGUGCUGUCAAUAACUGUCCAUACGCUUAUUGAUGUAUUAAAGAAUCAAUUGGUCAAAUCGAAUGUCACAGACAGAAUUCUUCAUAAAGUCCUUGACAUUUGCUUUAACGACAUUUUUGGGAAGAAUAAUGAGGAACAAGAAAUUGGAAAAAUUGGACAAAGAACGCCUGAGGCUAAGCCAAGUCGCAAAAGCUUCUUGACGCUCAAUAUUUUGGCAGCGACUUUAGGUGAAAAAUGCAUUUUAGACAUGCUUAAACCGUUUAAGAAUUUGCUACUUGAGACACAAUCAAAGCGAACUGUUAUGAAACUUCAGGAAUGUCUUGUACAAAUUGCAUCGGGCUUUACAGUCAAUGAGAAAAUUCCAAUUGAUGCUUUGAUGAUAUUGAUUCAUGGUACAAUAUCCGAGUCAAUACCCAAUUUAUUGCCAAAUAAGAAGAAGACUGACACAAAGGAGGUAAAGAAAGUCGAUUGUUUGAUUAUUCCUGAGGAGCCAAAGAGACGUGGAGCCAGCACGACGAAUAAGAAUGUGAAAUCAAGCAAGCAGACAAAUUCGUACGUGCUUGUUGAAUUUGGACUCGAAAUGCUGCAUAUUUCAUUGAAAAAGAAGAAAUCUGAUGGAUUGGAAGGAUUUCUUGAUCCUUUAGUGCCCUUUUUGGUCGAUGCGAUGAAGGGAAAUUUCUUGAAAGUCAAUAUGCUGUCUGUACGAUGUUUUGCAAUCAUGUGGCAUCAAAAAUUAGAAUUGGAAAGUUUAAGGAAGUUUACGGAUGGAAUUGCAAGUGAAAUAUUCGCAAUUUUACACAAAUAUGCAACGACUGAGAUAUCAAGGAAAGAUAAUCAUUAUUUGUUGGUCAAGAGUUCGUUUAAAAGUGUCGUUGUGCUUAUUCGACAUGUCGAUUAUUAUACUGUAAAUGAGAACCAAUUAAAGACACUUUUGUUGUAUAUCGAACAAGACCUAACAAUAGCAAAUGACAAAGACACAAUUUCAUUUGUUCUACUUAAGGCUAUUCUAGACAAAAAAUUAAUUGUGCCUGAAAUUCACGAAGUGCUCAGAAAGAUUGCAGAAAUGAGUAUAACAUCGGAAGUAGCCGAGAGGCGAAAUGCAAUAAGACCAAUUGUUUUGACGUAUUUAAUGGAAUAUCCUUUAGGCAAGAAAGUUGAUCAGCUUAUAAAAUUUUUCAUUGCUCAAUUGAACUAUGAGGAGAUAAGUGGACGAGAAUCUGUUAUUGAGAUGAUGAGCUUGAUAUUCAAACAUUUUCCUCAGCCACAACUUUGUAAGUUCUGUGGACUGUUCUUCCUUGCAUUGGGCACGAGACUCGUGAAUGACGAGUCACCAACAUGUCGCGAAAAGAUUGCACUUACUAUCGAGUUGCUAAUCAAACAAUUACCAAACGAAUCUCGGCUGCAACUGAUUGACAUUGUCACAAUGUUAUUGAAGGAUAAGAAAUUAGUACAUCGUGAAAUGGCUGCGCAAUUAAUCAUUCGAUUUAUUAAUGCAACAGACAGAGAUUUUAUUGCGCCGAGAAUGUCAAGUUUAUUGGAGCUUUCAAUAAAAUCGAUUACAAACACGGACGAUGAACCAGGCAAGUUUGUUCGUGUGAAACGGCUGAAAAUGGACAAUAAUAAUGAAAAUGAGAUGGAAUCGAGUGUUGUCGAUGAGCGUGAUCAGCAAAUUGUUGAGGAUCAUCACUUAAUUCAAACUUUAAAUGCUAUAAUCAAGAUUUUAGAGUUUAAUGAUGGAAGUGUGCUUAAAGAUGAGAAUAAUAAGGCAACGAUUGAUGAAAUUGGAUAUAAAGCUCAUGAAUUAUUGUCACAUGACCAUACUUGGGUACGAAUGAGGUCACUGAAAGUUAUUAAUAUCUUAAUAAAGAAUCUGGAUUUGGCUAGGAUUAAGGAAAUUAUUACAAACGAUGAAGCUGUCCUUGAUGAAAUUCCAUUCUUACAAUCAAAGUCACAAUUCCAAAGUGUCGCAUUUGACAUGUCUGUACAAUUAAAGCCUGACAUUGAGCAAGACUUGCUAACCGCAAUUUUAGAGAAUUUAAUUGAAAUUUCUAAAAUCCUCAAAGACAUUCCAUUCACUGGAAUGGUCAACGAUAAAAAAGAUUUCAAUCUUAUGUGGAUGGUAAGACGUCUGAGGUAUGCAAUUCAUGCUGAAAUAGCCACAACUCCAUCGUCUUGUGUAUUAAGAAAAUCAAUUUUCAAUUUCUUCAACAACUUACUUGACAUCAUUGACAGAAGAACGUUAAUGAAAUUAGCAAGUUCACUAUUGACACCAAUGCUUCGCGAAAUGGUCGAUGGUGAGCAUGUUAUUGAGGAACUGAAGCAAGUCGCUAUGCAAACUGGCAAUAGAAUUAAGACGCUAAUUGGCAUGGAAGAAUAUGACAAAGUGCGACUUGAUUUGCAGUCAAAAAUGCUCCAUAAACGUGUUGAUCGUCGUAAGUCAUUGGCACAUGAGAAAAUAAAUAAUCCGGUAAAGGCGGCAGCGAGAACAAUUAGGAAGCAAUUAAAGAAACAGGACAGCAAGAAGCGAAAGAGGAAAGAAAUACAAGAAGGGAUUAUUUUGCCGAAAAAGAAAAGAAAGAUUUACAAUAAUUUAAUGACUGACACAUACGAGUAGCAGGCAAUGAAUCAAGCAAAUGUUUUGGUAUAAAUCUUUAAAAAAGUGAACUCUAAGGUGAGAAAAAAGAAAACAAAUUACUGUAAUAUACACAAAAGUUUUUAAAGGAAAAACAAACAUUUUUCAAUUCUGAUUCUUUCUUUUUCUUCCGACGAUGAAUUUUUAAGUCGUGGAU